AUGUUCUCUGGUGUCUUGACUCUGCUCUACCUCGCAGUGUGCGUUGCGGCAGCUGACGGUGCUCGCUAUUAUGGUUAUGGCUCUGGAAUCAAAGGGUUGCCAUUGCUCUACGCCGACGGUGUUGCGUAUAUAGGCAAUCUGCCCCCGCCAGACACUGUCGUGGCCACGAACGUCACUCUAUCUCAGGGCGUGAGCGAUGGUUCUUUCACGGCUUCACCCACGAACCAGUCGGUCUCGUCAAGUGGGAACUGGACCUCGCCGAAACUCGUCAUCAACAACAAUUCUGGAGCGUUCGCCGCUGCCGAGUUUGAGGCCAAUCCGAACACCACAGUCACAAGCACUGGAUUCGACAACUGGGGAACAAUGCUCGUCUGGAUCAGCGACUCUGGAGACAUCACCACCAAGUGGUAUGCCGACCCCGUCGACGACGAUCUCUGGGUGCUGAAGUGGAAUGUCGACAACACCGCCAGCGACACGGCCACGCCGGUCGUGCUGAAGUCUCAAGCGCCCAUCAAGAAGUGA